UUGUAUUUCAUCUGCCGGAGAGAUUUGUUGUUCCAUAGUUUUGGGGAAGCGUCAAUCUUACGUGGCCAAAAAUAGUAAAAUAACUUAAAUUUUAAGAUAAAAGUACAUUUUUAAUAAUUUGACAAAGCUGAAGUGGAAAACUACAGUCAUAAUAAUGUUAUCUGUAACAAUUUGUGUAAUUUUGUUGCUUAUUGCAACAGCAAACGCCGGCGGAUCAGGCCCCAAAGUUACUGAUGAAGUAUUCUUCGAUAUCGAAAUCGGAGGAGUCCCUCAAGAAAGAGUCGUUAUUGGAUUAUUCGGAGGUACUGUUCCCAAAACUGCACAAAACUUCAAAGAAUUAGCCGAUAAACCAGCAGGGCAAGGAUACAAAGGCAGCAAAUUUCAUCGCGUGAUCAAAGAUUUCAUGAUCCAAGGAGGAGAUUUCACACGCGGAGAUGGAACUGGAGGUCGUUCAAUCUACGGCGAACGUUUCGAAGAUGAAAACUUCAAACUUAGCCAUUAUGGAGCUGGAUGGUUGAGCAUGGCAAAUGCCGGAAAAGACACAAACGGAAGUCAAUUCUUCAUUACAGCAAAGGCAACUAGUUGGCUCGAUGGGCGUCAUGUUGUUUUCGGAAAAGUUGUCAAGGGAAUGAAAACUGUUAAAGCAAUUGAACAAACAGCUACUGAUGGGCGUGAUAAGCCUGUUCAAGAUGUCGUUAUCGUUAACUCCGGAUCUUUGCCUGUCGCUGAACCUUAUGCUGUUACAAAAGACGAUGCUCGCGAUUAAAAAUGUCACACGCAAGAACAAAACAGACAGCAAUUUUACAGCAUUUAAAUCAAUGUGAUGAAAAUCUUUAAUUUUUCUUCUUAUUUUUUUAUUCAUGAUUGAAGAAGUAUGAACAAUAAAAAAAUUUCUAAGUAAA